AGCGCGUACAGUACCGUGAUUUAUCGACAUAGCAACAACUUGUUUUCUCCCAGCCGCGGUUCUUCAGCCUGUUUGAACUUCUUCUACUUGCGGAAAUGCUCUUGUUUGUCCUGGUUCUCUCAGCGACAGUGCUGGGCUGCACGACACAAGUCUGUCCUUGUGAAAGCCAGGAGCUCUGCCAACAAAUCCGCGACGAGAGAGACUUUGAGGUGUUUGUGUUUGACGUGGGCGGAAAGACAUGGAAGUCCUACAACUGGAGCAUGGUGACCACUGUGGCAACAUUUGGAAAAUAUGAUGCCGAACUCAUGUGUUAUGCCCAUUCCAAAGGGGCUCGGGUCGUCCUCAAAGGUGACGUCCCCCUCUCUGAUAUUGUGGACCAAGACAAUAGGACAACAUGGAUAACAGAGAAAGUUAGCCUGGCCAAGAGUCAGUUUAUGGAUGGAAUCAACAUUGACAUCGAACAGGCGGUGGAGGCGGACUCCCCACAGUACCAUGCACUGACAGCCCUGGUCAGAGAGACCACUGAAGCCUUCCACAGGGAGAUCCCAGGGUCCCAGGUCUCAUUUGAUGUUGCCUGGUCACCAAACUGCAUAGACAAGCGUUGUUAUAAUUAUGUCGCCAUUGCUGAGUCCUGCGACCUGCUGUUUGUGAUGUCCUAUGACGAGCAGAGUCAGAUUAUGGGGGAUUGUAUUGCAAUGGCGAAUGCCCCUGUCGCUCAAACACUGAAUGGUUAUUUGCAAUAUCUGGAACUGAAGAUCGAACCAAGGAAGCUGGUAAUGGGAGUACCGUGGUAUGGUUAUGAUUAUCCAUGCCUCAACCUAUCUCAGGAGGGUGUAUGUUCUAUACCCAAAGUGCCUUUCCGUGGAGCCCCAUGCAGCGAUGCAGCAGGUAAACAGAAACCGUACAGCUGGAUCAUGAAGAAGGUCAACGACUCAAUGUCUGGCAGGAUCUGGGACGAACAGCAGCAAGCUCCCUACUUCAACUACAAGGACCAGACGGGACAGAUUCAUCAGGUGUGGUACGAUGACCCAGACAGUAUUUGUGCCAAGGCGGGCUUGGUGAAGUCUAAAGGUUUGAGGGGCAUCGGCAUGUGGAAUGGCAACAUCUUGGACUACAGCGAUGACCCAGUUGCGCAGCAGCAGACCGCAAUGAUGUGGAAUGCCCUCGUAGGAUGUUAGCCAGGAUACCCUUGCACUGCCGGAGACAUUUACGCCAUCCCUGAACCCACCUCCAUGUGUAACUAAGUCAAUAUAACCUUUUGUAACAGCAGGAGGGCCUGUGAUGGGACUUCCCUCCGAGUUCAGGGAUGCAUACUUGCACUUCAGCGUUUAUUGUGGCUUUUAUUGCUCUCUUUGAUUGCAGCUGCUAAGUUUCAGACAUUCCACUGGGCUGUGCUUCUUAGACAACAUCAAUCAUUCUGGUAAGUGUUAUGUACACAGACCCAGUAUUUUUGAUUGACCAGCAAGUGUUCAGUGUCUCGCUCAUUCUGAUCCAUGCACUUUGAUAUUCUUCAUAAAUAAAAAUUCUGAUAAAUCUGC